AGUAGUUAUCCCUGUUCCACUCCCAAGUAACCACACACUCGCCCGGCCUCACUAUCCCCCGCGAAAAGAAUUCACUUUUGACGUGUGUCAUUUUUCCACUACAAAAAUCAAAGCAACGAGAUUGGCGGUGUGUCACUGUGUCAUUUGCCGUCGAUAGUUCACGCGAAGAUUUCCAAUAAGAGAUUUCCACGCGAUUUGAACGGGAUAAAAACGAAAAAAUGUCCAAAUCUCUUUGAUAUAGUCUCGGAGUUGUUUUGCUUCUAAUUCGACUGAAAAUUUAUAUUGGAAUCAUUGACCAAGUGUGACCGGAGAAAAUUUUCAAAUUGUGGCCGUCGCGUAAAGUUAAGAACGCGUUUGUGAGAAAGCAUCGAGAAGUGGAUAGCGGUUGCAAGAAUAAUAAUGACUUUGCGUGCCAGUGAAUUCAUGCAGCUGGGCGAGAAGAAGCUCGCCGCGUGCCUCGUCCUGUUAUUAAUAGAAUUGUUCAUGGAAGGAGCUGAAACCGCAUCACGAUCUGAAAUCGAAAAUCACUUAGAAUUAGGACGUGAAUUACUAGCAAGAGGCCAAUUAUCAGAUGCAUUAUCGCAUUAUCACGCAGCCGUAGAGGGGGAUCCAACCAACUAUCUGACAUUCUUCAAGCGAGGAACUGUAUAUUUAGCAUUAGGCAAAGCGCGAUUCGCGCUAAAUGACUUCACACGAGUAUUAGAGUUGAAACCCGAUUUCAUGGCCGCUCGAGUUCAUAGGGCGUCCGUUUACAUGAAAAUGGGAGAUUACGAUCAUGCCGAGUUAGAUUUUCGCGAUGUGCUCGAUGAGGAUCCUUACAACGAGGAAAUUGGCUAUCAGUACCACAGAAUACAGCCCGCUCGACAACAAUGGCGAGAUGUUCAGGAUGUGAUUUCGCGCGGGGAUUACAGCACUGCAAUAAUCCUGCUAACACAAUUACUAGAAAUUUCGCCAUGGUCAGCGUUGUAUAGAGAAACCCGUGCAAAAUGCCAUGUAAAGAACGGCGACUCGUUGGCAGCUGUUUCAGACAUGCGAUCGGUAAAUCGCCUCUCUCAAGACAGUACCACUGGUUAUUAUAAGCUAGCUGUACUCCUUUACGAAUUAGGACACGCGACUGAUUCUCUGAAGGAAAUCCGAGAAUGUUUGAAACUUGAUCCAGAGCACAAAGACUGUUUUCCAUUUUAUAAGAAACUGAAAAAGGUCGAGAAGGCCCUUUCGGAAGCACAAAACUCAUUAGAAGAGAAACGCUACACUGAUUGUAUUGAAUCCGCUGAAAAGGUAUUAAAAUUAGAAAAAGAUAUAGAAAUGAUAAUUUUCGGAGCAAAGCAGCUAUUGUGUUCUUGCUACACGAAAGACGAGCAAUACACACUAGCCGUUUCGAGAUGUAGGGAAGCCUUGGAAAUCGAAAAGGACCCUAACGUAUACUGUGAUCGUGCUGAGGCUUUCCUGGGCACAGAUAUGUUUGAUGACGCCAUUCACGACUACCAAGCGGCCUUAGAUAUCGACGAAACACUUCAUCGUGCCAAGGAAGGAAUCGAAAAAGCGAAACGCCUUCAAAAGCAAUCCGAACGAAGAGAUUACUAUAAAAUUCUAAAUGUGAAACGAACAGCAACCAAACAAGAAAUCGUGAAAGCAUAUCGAAAAGCCGCACAAAAAUGGCAUCCGGAUAACUUUCAAGGAGACGAGAAGAAAAUCGCUGAGAAGAAAUUUAUUGAUAUUGCAGCCGCUAAGGAAGUUCUAACGGAUCCUGAGAAACGGCAACAGUUUGACAAUGGCGAGGAUCCCCUCGACCCUGAGGGCAAUCAGCAUGGCUUCCGUGGCGGCAAUCCCUUUCAGCACUUCCAGCAUGGAUCACCGUUCCAGUUUAAGUUCCAUUUUAAUUAGUUUCUAUUUAUUUAUAAUAUUUAGAGAGAAUCGUGUACUAUGUAAAUAUAGUAUAGGAACCCUGUGAGACGUGACGGUAUCGGAAAUUCAGAGAGUCUCUGUGGAGUUUGUAAAUAGCUUUAAAACGGAUAAGCAAAAAAAUGGAAAAAGAAAAUUCGAUGGCAAUUAUUUUAAUAGAAAAACGAAAUAGCAACGGUGGUCGGACGAGUCAUUUGUUCUCUAUCAAAUUCGAACUUGAAUUAUCACUCGUUACUCUUAGUCAAACACAUACUUUAUCUGGCAUCAUUCUCACUGUCGAUCUCAUCUGAAAAUUAGACAAUCAAAUAUUAGCUGGGCCCAAAUAUCAAUUGAAUUGAAUUUAGUGUCCCCUCGGAGAGGUGUCCCCGCCUUUCGCCUGUCGUACAUACCAAAUAAUUCCCCCGACUCGACCGCCGUUGCCCUCCCUAGUUGCAGAUGCUAUGAAUUUUUUCGUGAAAUUAUCAUUUCCUUUCGAUUCCCAUUUCAGUUGCAUUUUACAAUCACAAAGCUAGAACCAUUUUUCGACACUUCUAAUGAUAUUUAUGACUGUAAGCACUCACAAUAAUGAAUUCAAAAAUAAAUAAUAAGAAGACGAAUUUAAGUAUUGAAAACCAACAGAAAUCUUGGGAUAAAUUCUUUGAGACACUUUUCAUCUUUGAUUACAUUUAAGUGACUUUAUUUUGUAUUCUCCUGAAAGACUUGAACAAUUUUCAUUUUUGUUUUUGUGAUUUUUCGUUGAAAUGACUGUCAAGAGAAAUUCUGGUAUGUUGUUGCGCUGAUUAUUACGCUCGUUUGUAUUCUUGCAAUAGAUUUGCCUAUUUGUUAUCUUGGGUUGCUCGUAAACUCGCGAUUCAUUUUACGUGGCCAUAUAAUCGAUUUAGUGGCUGGUGGGGGAUAGAAAUGUCUGCUUGAUGCAGGAUUUUUUUCGUGGCCAAUUUAACAACUGGGCAAAUCAAAUUCUUAGAGUGAAUUUCUAAGGAAUUUAUGAUCAAUAAUAAAAUGUAAAUAGCUAUGCUAUUGUAAAUUGUAAGUAAAUAUUAAUCAUAAAAAUAAAAUACAAUUUUUUGUAAAUUA